AUGCGGCCCCCCACGGCUCGGGACCUGCCCCCAGGCGGGCGCCCGGCGGCCCUGCUGCUGCUGGCGGCGCUGGUGUGGGUGCCCGGCGGGGCUCCCGCCUGCCCCGCGCUCUGCACCUGCUACGUCUCGCCGCCCACCGUCAGCUGCCAGGCCAACAACUUCUCCUCGGUGCCCGCGGGGCUCCCGCCCGGCGCCCGCCGCCUCUUCCUGCAGAACAACGUCAUCGGGGCGCUGCGGGCGGGCACCUUCGGGCCCAGCACCGUCACCCUCUGGCUCUACUCCAACAACAUCUCCUCCAUCCAGCCGGGCACCUUCCGCCACCUGCCCGCCCUGGAGGAGCUCGACCUGGGUGACAACCCGCACCUCCGCGUCCUGGCCCCCGACACCUUCCACGGCCUCCACCGCCUCCAGGCCCUGCACCUGUACCGGUGCCGGCUGGCCAACCUGCCCAGCGGCAUCUUCCGUGGCCUCCGCAGCCUCCAGUACCUCUACCUGCAGGAGAACGGGCUGCUCUACCUCCAGGACGAUCUCUUUGCCGACCUGGCCAACCUGAGCCACCUCUUCCUGCACGGCAACCGGCUGCGGGCGCUGUCGGAGGGCGUCUUCCGGGGGCUCUCGAGCCUGGACCGCCUGCUGCUGCACGCCAACCGGCUGGCAGCCAUCCACCGCCGCGCCUUCGGGGGGCUGGCGCGCCUCACCAUCCUCUACCUGUUCAACAACAGCCUGGUGGCCCUGCCCGGGGACCCGCUGGCCGCGCUGCCCUCGCUGCAGUUCCUGCGCCUCAACGCCAACCCCUGGGCCUGCGACUGCCGUGCGCGCCCGCUCUGGGCCUGGUUCCGCCGCACGCGCGUCUCCAGCUCCCCGGUGCCGUGCGCCAGCCCCCCGCACCGCCGCGGCACCGACCUGCGCCACCUGCGCCCCCGCGACUUCGACGCCUGCCCCGAGGACGACGACGACGACGACGGCGGCGAGGAGAUGGAAGAUGGCAACGGGGUGGCGGUGAUGGGCACCCCGGGGCGGGCGCUGGGUCGCCCCGGCACCCUCCCGGCCGCGCCGCCCUCCGCCUUCUACCGCGACGGGCUGCCCCCCCACGACCUGCGGGGACCCCAGCCCCGGCCGCCCCCCCCGUCCCGUGACUCCCGCGGGCCCCCCGAGGACGCCAGCUGCCCCCACGACCCCUGCGCCCCCAUGGCCGCCGCCGCGCCCCGCCGGCCCCCCGCCCUCCUGCCCCUCCUGGCUCUGAUCCUGCCCCGACUCUGA